AUGCACGACUUUGUCUCGCACAUCCUACGCCAAUACUUCCACGCGACCAACUGGAACGAAUACAACUCGUACCUUCAUCUCACCUCUUGCUCGUCGGCGAUCCUCGAUUUCUGCGUACCCACCGGUCUCUCGCUCUCCAUCUCGGCUUCGCCCACACCACCGUUUUUCACGACAUAUCGGCUGGGAGCUUUGCCCAAUUUGCGUGCUGGUAUCGGCUACAUCUACGCUAGCACUGAUAGCAAGAUCGAUUUUGGCGGCAGCUCCAAGGAUGUCCGGCUAAAAGAGAUCAUUGAGCGAUUUCGAAUCGUUGAGGCGAGAGCGCCGGCGGCAUUCAAGUCGAAAGAGAAAGAGAAGGAGUACUACUGGUUAGCAGGAGACAGGUACCCGGAACAAGAAGCGUUAGGUGAUCUGGGUAAGAAGGAGCGAGGAGGAGGCGAGUAUCUCGUGUACGGGUGCAUGCAUGUUCCAUCGGCACGCUUGGAUGCAUUGUGGACCAAACGAAUCAGCCCAACAUGGCAGUUGAUAGUGACAGCUGUUUCGAGCCCACCAAGGUAUCCCUUGAACGCCUUGCAGAAUGCAGCGAUAGCUUCACGAUCCGCUUACUCAACCGGAGCAAAAUCUACAAGUAGUAGUAUGGAUCGUUUGGACUCGUCGAAUCCUUCGCUCAGCUCUUCUACCAGCUUAUCAAACACGGGUGCGUCUACGGCAGCGACAACGGCGGCGGCGGCAGCAGCAGCAGCAGCAGCUCAAGACACGUACGGUCUAGGACCGCCCGGAUCGACCAAUCUGCAAUUCACGCUGCAGAGGGAUACGGGAAGAUGGUUUACCGAGUACAGCUAUUCGAUCGACGAUGCGCUGUGGGGGUUUAGGGUUUUGCACAACUUUGGCACUCCCGCUGACACUGCAUCGACGACUCUGGCUGCGCUCAGCGAGGGCGCAGUAGAAACUUCAAGCAGCGCCUCCUACCCGCAGCGCAAUGGCAGCGUGCUUCAUACGGGCAGCAGCAGCAGCAGCGAAGACACCGAGGCAGGCGGUGGACUUCGAGGCAGAUUCAGCGCUGGAGCCGAAGUGUUUAUCAGUACUGUGGAAAAGUCGGCCGGCCUAUCAACCGGAAUUCGAUUCUCGACGCUUCCAGACACUCCUCAACAGCCGCUCAUGAUCGCUCCGUCGUUCGACAGCUCGCCUUCACCCCACCAAGCAUCGACAUUGGCAUCGGCACCGUCUCAGCCACCUACGGUCAUCACAGCCACGUUGAACCCGAUGAUGGGUCAUCUGAGCACGGCAUAUGCAGCGAGGAUGGCGAGGGACGUGGUGGUCUGUUCGAGGUUCGAUUUCAACGUCUACAGUUACGAGAGCGAGUGGACGAUGGGAGCCGAGUAUUGGCUGCGCAAGAGUGGCGGCGGUGGUGGUGUUGAGUCGGUGGAGGCAUCGGACGCUGAUGUGCCAGCGCCGAUGAAUCGGAUUGGAUCGACAAGUUCGAUCGGAGGAUUGCGGGGACACGACGAGACAAGACAGGCGCGUUUCCAAGAGGAGCAUGCAAUGUCUCUGCGCGAAGCGUCAGAGGCGGUGAGCCAGGUUGAUGGCAAUACUGGCGAUGGCGGAACGUCGGUAUUUGGUCUACUGCGUGAUCCUCCGGCUCUUGCACCAUCUGCACCGUCUCCACGGGCGACAUGUGCAAAUUCGACGCUCUCGCAUCUGCUCUCCCCCAUCACAGGCGUACUGAAGGCGCGCAUCUCGAGCACAUCGGACAUCCGGCUGCUGUGGCAAGGACGCCUAUCGCACUGCCUCGUUUCGCUCGGUGUCAAAGCAGACCUCUCAGGCACACACGGUGCGUCGUAUUCUGUCGGCGGUGCGCCAGCGUCGCCCAAGAUGGGCAUUGUGAAAAGCAUCGGUUUGGAAGUCAUGUAUUUCAGCCAGGCUGAAGAUGAGUCGGUCGAAUAG